AGUCACAUUUAAACGAAUCGGAGAGGUGUUAAUAAGACGAACGAUACGUUUCUUAGUCCGGAUUAAGUAAAGGAUAGGCGAUGAAGGGAAUAUACGUCGCCAUCGCCUUCCUGGCAGCUUCAGCCGUUAGCGUCGUGGACUCCGACCAGGAUUUUUCGGAAGAAGUCUUCGUGGAUGACGUUCCUACAGUAUGCCCAUUGCCACAACCAAAUUGGAGGAACACCACAACCAACAUCCCGCAUGAAAAUAAUUGCGUGUUAUUUUACAAGUGUAAACUAGGACAAGGUAUCAACCAAAUAUGUCCCUUGAUGAUCGAAGGAGAUCCAGUGUCGAGAUUGCAUUACAAUAGACGCCUGCAGGUUUGUGAUUGGCCAUGGCAGGCCGGUUGCGCAAGUUGCCCAAUAGAGUAUCCAAAUGGAACAUUUCCGCCGCCAGAAAAAAUAAAUAAUCCAACGAACGAUUGCCAGUAUCUAGAGUGCGCAAAUGGACGCGCAUCCGGACCAUUUAAUUGUCCACCCGGUACAUGCUUCAGUCGCACAUGUCAGGAAUGUGUUAGGGACAGGAUUAAUGGAAAAUGCAAUGGAGAAAUUAUUUCUAGAUGCGUAGAAGGCAAUCGAAGAAUUCAUGAUUGUUUCUGCAAUUUUUAUGACGAAUGUACAAGAAUUAACGGAGAACUUCUUUGGAUCCAGAAAGAGUGCGAGGGUGGUAUACAUUUUAGCGUCACACAAAAAAGAUGUAUGCUACCGAAUGAAGCUAAUUGUCCACACAUAAGGCAUUUAUAAGGCAGAAAAAAAUUGUUGUAAUUAUCACAACCAUAAUUUAUAGUCAUUUUCGGCCAGCUAUAUAUUAUUCAUAUUGAACUACAAAUAUAAUUAUUAUUAACACUACAGCAGUAGCUAAAAUUGAAGCACAUUUAAUCGUAAUUAUUUUAAUAAAUAAUUGAAAUAAUUACAAAUACCAUUUUUCUCUCAGUGUAUCACAAAAACCUGGCAAACUAUUCAACGCUUAUUCUGAAGAAUAGAUGGUGUCACAAGUGCAGUUGCAGACAUAUACGAAUGUAAAAGAGUCUUUCUUCAAAGUUUUUUCUUUGAUAAGUAUAAAGAUAUGACUUCUCCCUCGCUUUCUCUCUUUAAAAAUAUACAAAUACCCAAAUCGUAAAAGUUAUGAAGACAUUUGUGCAU